AUGUCUACAGAAGGAUCUAAUGAAUCCCCAUCGAAGAAAUCCAUCAAUACUACUAGAUUAUCCGCUAUGAUGAAUUCGUUAGAUGGAUUUAAUACAAACAUGACUACGGAUAGUAGUAAGCCAAGUGAAUUCUCCGCUGUUGCACAAGAAGAAGAAAAUGGACAACAACAGCAACAGGAACACAUAGAAAGCACAGUAGUUGCACCAGCAUUGGUACCUCCACCAUCUUUAGCUGACCUACCAGAUGGAUCUCAUACUCCAAAGAGUUUUCUAUAUACUAAAUCACCUGGAAAUAAAUCACCUGGCGUGUACUCUCAAUUUAGUCCCGCUGGUACAAGAUUAAGCAUGUAUUCUAACUAUUCAGGUGUCAUCCAGGAGGGUACAGGUGUGUCGUACGUCGUGAAAAAUAACGUGAACAGAGAUACCAAUAAUACGAAUCAGGUACAAACUAAUACUGAGUGCGGAACCACUCUUGAACAACCGCCUCAUAUUGAGGUAUUCUUGGAAAAUCAAGAUGAACUUGACAUCAAUGAUGAUUCCCCUUCUAAGAAGAUGAAUAAACCUCAAAGGUCAAAGAGUAACUUGAUUAUUGAGACUAUACCGAAUGCAAAACCAGUAAGUCGUUAUAACUCCUUAAACUCCAAACCAGAAGCAAUUACAGCAACUGAUAACGUUCCAACGUUACCUAUUUUGCCCAAUGAGGAGAAAACUAUAAGUUACACAAACGAUUCUAUCCAUCUAUCUAAAGAGACAACAAAGAGUAUCAGUAAGAAUCUUUCCAUUGGUUCAGGAAACCUUGCUAGUGAGAGUGGAUCAUCUGCAUAUUAUCCAUUCAACCACCCAUUAGAAGAUGUAUUGCUAGAAAAAGGAAGUGAAGAAACUACAAGAAAUCACACGCCUGGUAAAUCAAUAGAUAAUAUAUCCAGUACUUCUAGUGAAUUACCACCUUUACAAACAUACCAAACAUCUAGUGUCAAAUCUUUAACUCCUGAUAGGUCUGAAAUGGCAGAUUACAACCCCACUGUUCCCUUAAGAAAUAGAAAGAGACCAGUCUCCAGGAGUUUCCUAAAUAAUGAACUUGAUAAGAUAGAAACAGAAUUACAGCAAGAAUUAAAUGAUACUAAUCAAUCACAUGUAACAGUUCAUACGAAAGGUGGUGAUUCAUACUUUUCUGCUGAGAGUGAUGAGCCAAAUGAAGUAGCUGAUCAAUUAUACAGGGAGAGAAGGGUUCCAAGCAAUCCUACCAUGCGAAGUAAUAAUAAUAAUCAACCAAAAAUCCGUAGCACUCUACCCCAUAUUGCUAAUAUUGCAAAAACCAAUAAGGAUGAUGGAUUUGAAGAUAUCGAGGAAGGACACAUAUUUAGUAACCACCCAUCCAGAUCAUCUAGAGAUACACACAAUCAUAGACAGAAACCUGGAAAAUCAUCAAGGCAUAAAAAGAAUUCCUCGAAUUCAUUUGAUACAAAUACGUUAUCUCAGUUAUUGAUGAUAACUAAAGGUACGCUUGUUGGAUCGGAGUUUUCCAACCUAGGUAUGAAACUAGAAGAAAAAAGAUCUUUAGAAAGAUUAGUCGACUCUCUUUCUAGAUUGACUGCUGAUAUGAUAUUAGAUCCUGACCGUUAUGAUGAAGGUAUAAGGAGAUUAAAUAAUGCUGUAAAAGCUUUGGAUGGCUUCUAG